AAUUCCAAUGAAGAAGGAAAAGUCGAAUAUCAUUGCCACUUUCAAUGUUCGGAGUCUUCAGUGCGGUCUAAAUCCGCCACAAACCCUGAGAAGCACCAGCGUCUUUCCGGCCGUCUAUCGAAGUUGCUGUAGCGAUAAAGAACUGGAACUCUCAACUAUAUUUGAUCUUCAGUUUGAAUCUUGGAGCCUCUUCUACCAGUACUAUAACUCACAUUCUCGUCCACGUUUAACACGAUAAUUCUCGAAUUCAUCCUCGCAACUAUGAAGACUAGAAGGUUCUUAGCAGAGGCUUGCCUAAUAGGCACAGCAUUUGCCCAGGCUAAAUUGAAGAUUAUGCCAUUAGGAGAUAGUCUGACCGAGCUUACCUGUUGGAGGGCAAAAUUAUGGAGUGGGCUAAAGGCGGAUAACCUGACGGAUAGAAUUGAAUUCGUUGGUUCAAUGAAUAAUACCCUGGAGUGUGAUACGGCGGACGAGGAAUUCGCAAAGCAGCACCACGAAGGCCAUUCGGGAUAUCUCGCCAUUGACAUUGCGUACGAUCAUAUCGAAGGAUGGAUCAACGAUACCAAGCCGGAUAUAGUGACGUUCAUGCUAGGCACAGACGACAUCGUUCGGGGACGGAGACUAGAAGACGUUGUGGAGGCUUACACGAACAUGGUGGAAACGAUGAGGAAAUAUAACGAAUAUAUGAAGAUCAUCGUAAACACCGUAGUACCAUUACCAGCGAACAGGGAGCCGGUGAAUAAUCUCAACGGCAUGAUCCCGGGCUGGGCUCAAGAGCAGAACAAGACCGAAUCACCUAUUUAUGUCAACGAUAUAUACCCAUUUCCGGAUACGUUCUUGAAAGAUGGCAUUUAUCCCAACGAUGAGGGAGAGGAGCAGAUAGUUGGGACCUUAUACCCGCUGUUGACGUGGAUUAUCAAUUCAAACACGACUAACAAUGACACGACGCCAAGUUAGAGUAUAGGGGUAGCGGGGAUGUAGACGAGAUAUAACCAGGCUACGAGUUUCGAAAAUCCAUGCUUCUAUAGACUGACUACAGCACAGAAUAGAGCAAUGUACCAAUACGAGUUCGAUUUUUUUUUUUUUUUUUACAUAAACCUAGACAAUAAAGGGAGUGACGG